AUGGACCAGGUGGUGCGGGGCAGCGAGGCCGGCAAAGGUGAUGAUGGGAAUGCUGUCACGCAGCCAAUGCCGACACCGGCACCCUACACGAGCGUGGACGAAGUGAUGCUGCCUGCUCGCUUGCAGGGCCGGAAUAAUGUUUACUCGGGCUGCAGUUGCACGGGGCCUUGUGCGCCGGAGACCUGUUCGUGCCUUUGUAAUGGACGAGCGCGCUACUACGAGUGCAACGACAAUUGUGCCUGUGACGUAGCUACAUGCCGUGCUGGCCGUACCACACAACAACCGACGGCGCUGGAUAUUCGUCUCGUGUGGACUUCAGAGCGGGGACAUGGGCUCCUAACCGGCACUCGCAUCCCCGUCGGUACCUAUGUGGGGCAUUAUACCGGCCAGCUUGUGAAUGUUGCCACCGCCCGAGCCCGAGAUUCUGCUGCAGACGCAGUCAGUCCCGUGCACACCUACCUUCUCGUUCUGCGCGAGCACACGCAACGCGGCGUUCUCACCACGGCGGUCGAUGCCAAAGAGUACGGCAAUCUCACACGCUUCAUCAAUCACAGCUGUGCGCCAAACCUUGAGCUGCGGCCCGUUCGGCUUGGCUUUGUACCACGCCUGGCCUUUUUCGCCCUCACCGACAUUCCUGCGGAGACGGAGCUCACCUUUGACUACGGCGGCGCGCCACCAAGCGCCAAAAUUGCCACCACAUUACCUGCAGAUACCGACACGGGCGCCCCACGUCACAAACGCCACGUUACGGCCCCCGAGUUGGCCUUGAGCGCCAAGCCCUGCCGCUGUGGUGCUCCAACUUGCAGAGGCUUUCUACCACUCACCAUCUGGUAA